UUAAUGGCAGACAAAUCUGAUAAGCCCCAUGCAAUUUUCAUUCCUUACCCUCUUCAAGGCCAUGUUAAUCCAUCUGUUCAGCUCGCCCUCAAGCUCGCAUCUCAAGGCUUCACGAUCACCUUCAUUAACACACAGUCUGUCCAUAAUCAAACUUCCAAGGCUCAGUCAAAGACUGGACCCGAUAUUUUUUCCCAGGUCCGUGAUUCGGGCUUAGAUAUUCGUUACGUGACCGUCUCCGAUGGCUUACCGGUCGGCUUCGACCGCUCCCUUAACCACGACCAGUUCAUGGCCGCCUUGCUGCAUGUGUUCUCCGCCCAUGCUGAAGAAGUGGUGAACCAAAUUAUACGAUCUGGACAGAAGGUUCACUGUUUGAUCGCUGAUACGUACUUCGUUUGGCCAUCAAAAGUUGCAAAGAAAUUUGGGUUACUUUAUAUUUCAUUUUGGACAGAAACGGCUUUGGUCUUUACUUUGUAUUAUCAUUUGGAUCUUCUUAAACGCCAUGGUCAUUUUGCAUGUAUAGAUCGUUGUGAAGACGAGAUCGAUUACAUUCCUGGAGUUAAAGCAAUCGAACCGAAGGACACGACCUCUUAUCUUCAAGAACCUUGUAGUACAACAGUGUGUCACCAAAUUAUUUUCAAUGCAUUUGAGGACGCCAAAAAUGCAGAUUUUGUUAUAUGUAACACGGUGCAAGAGCUGGAAACUGAGACCAUAUCCGCUCUGCAGAAAAAAUUGCCAUGGUUUGCUAUUGGACCCAUUUUCUCAUCUCAAUUCACCGAUAGGAUUGUGUCUACGAGCAUGUGGUCCGAGUGUGAUUGCAGCACAUGGCUCAACAAAAAGCCCAAUGGCUCGGUUCUGUAUGUGUCUUUUGGUAGCUAUGCCCAUCUCACAAAAAAGGAACUUGUAGAGAUAGCUAAUGGGCUUUCGCUAAGCAAAGUGAGUUUUAUUUGGGUGCUUCGACCGGACAUUGUUAGCACUGAAGAUCCCAAUCCUCUGACCGAUAGAUUUCGAGAGGAAGUGGCCGGGCGUGCAAUAAUCAUUCCGUGGUGCUGUCAAACGGCGGUGUUGGCCCACCCAGCAAUCGGAGGGUUCUUGACACAUUGUGGAUGGAAUUCGAUCUUGGAAAGCAUGUGGUGUAAAGUUCCAAUGUUGUGUUAUCCUUUGUACACUGAUCAAUUCACUAAUCGUAAAUUAGUGGUUGAUGAUUGGAAAGUUGGGAUUAACUUAAGUAAUCAAAAGAUGGCGACCAAGGAGGAAGUGUCCAAAAAUAUUAACCAUCUGAUAAGUGAAAAAUCAGGUGAUCCAUAUAGAAACUCAGUCCAGGAGGUGAAGAAGACCAUGGAAAAUGGAUUAAAGCCUGGUGGAUCAUCAGCUAAUAAUAUGGAUCAGUUCAUAAAGGAUCUUAAGGCCAAAAUCCCAAAAAAAUUGGCCCAAUAAAUAGUAUAAUGCAUAUAUUUGAAUCCCCUCUUGAACUACGUUUCAUCUCAUUUUUCAAAGAUCUUACUACAGUGUAUCUACUACGUCAACAAUUCUUUACAUAAAUGGACAAUUACAA